AGGGCUAAGGGGCUCAUGACGUGCAAGUUUGAUCCUUAGAUAUGAUAACAGGCCAAAAACUUAUUUGAGAUUCCAGAAAGAGGUAGGCAACCUGUCGGAGCUUUACAUCUGUGUCUGGCGUCCCCUCAGCUAUUCCUCCCUCUCUUACACAAGGAUUACAAGUGGCUUUCAAUGAGCGCGACUCCACUGCGCUCGCGAGCCGCUGUACGCAGACCCACGCUCUCUUGACUAGACAAAGACAAUGAGCUGUCACACCUUUAAAAUGAAUCCUAUUUGUUCGGAGUCAAAGAAAUGCUGAAAGGAAAGUCCAAGGAGCGAAAAAUCGAUCUGUUGUGCUGUAGGAAACCGCUGCUGGAACAAGACUACCUGUGGGCACUGUAGUGAGGGUAACAAGAGCCAGGCAGCCAGCGGCGUUUUCAAUCUACCGGCGAAACAUACAACACACAUUUAUAUGGCAAAGUUCCUCGCCGAGCUGCUGGGAUGUACACUGCCCGAGAAAGGAGCAUCUCCAAUGUUCGAGUGCAGGAGUCAGCCGCACAUUGGACUGAGGCAUGUCACCAAACAACGGCCUACCAUAUUUGGGACACUGAUUGAAAAACCGCUCGGGGAUCACAAUGCAGACAAAAUGCCUCAAACGCCACCCUUUCCAGCGAUGUAUGGGUCCAAUGUCUACAACAAGAAUCUCUAUAAGGCCAAGGAAGAGGACUAUGAAGGCCUGUAUUACCAUGAAAACAACCUGGUGUCAGGGUCCUUGGAGGCUCUAAUUGAGCACUUGGUCCCUACGGUGGCUUACUAUCCUGAUAGGACAUACAUCUUCACAUUCCUGCUCAGUUCCCGUCUCUUUAUUCACCCGUAUGAGCUGAUGUCCAAAGUGUGCCAUUUGUGUGUGGACCAGCAGAGACUCACUGAUCCUCAGGCUGAUAAGGCAAGAGUCAGGAAAAUUGCUCCCAAGAUUCUGCAGUUGCUGACUGAGUGGACGGAGACAUUUCCCUAUGACUUCAGGGAUGAGAGGAUGAUGAAGAGCCUGAAGGAACUAACGCAUCGUCUGAGUACUGGAGAUGAACUCUAUCGCAAGGCAGUGCAACAGAUGACACAAACGCUGAUCCGUAAGCUCACCACACUGAGUCAGUACGAAGAGGCUUUGGCCAAGAUUAACUCCUCUGUGACUGACAGACUAACUGUGCUGAAGACCAAACCUCAGUCCAUCCAGAGAGACAUUCUGACCAUCUGCAGCGACCCCUUCACCCUGGCACAGCAACUCACACACAUUGAACUGGAAAGACUGAGCUACAUCGGACCAGAGGAGUUCGUCCAGGCGUUUGUUCAGAAAGACCCUCUUGAUAACGACAAGAGAUGCUUUAGUGAUCACAAAAAAGCAAGUAACCUGGAGGCUUAUGUGGAGUGGUUCAACAGGCUCAGCUACCUGGUGGCGACGGAGAUCUGCAUGCCUGUAAAGAAGAAACAUCGGGCUCGAGUCAUUGAGUUCUUCAUCGACGUUGCACGAGAAUGCUUCAACAUUGGCAACUUCAACUCGCUCAUGGCCAUCAUUAGUGAGUGUUUUGCCGUCCCUUGCAAGACUUUGCUACAGAAACACCAGAUGGAUCCCUCUAGCAAUUUCUACAACUACAGAACAGCGCUGCGUGGAGCCACUCAGAGAUCUAUCACUGCUCAUAGCAGCAGAGAGAAGAUUGUUAUCCCUUUCUUCAGCCUCUUGAUUAAAGACAUCUACUUCCUCAAUGAAGGAUGUGCCAACAGGCUCCCGAACGGACAUGUCAAUUUGGAGAAAUUCUGGGAGCUGGCCAAACAAGUGAUGGAGUUCAUGACAUGGAAGAAGGUGGAGUGUCCUUUUGACAGAGACCGCAAGAUUCUGCAGUAUCUCCUGACCGCACCGGUCUUCAGUGAAGAUGCUUUGUAUCUGGCAUCAUAUGAGAGUGAAGGACCAGAGAACAACAUGGAGAAAGACAGAUGGAAAUCUCUCAGGUCCUCGUUGCUGAACAGGACAUAAAUCCUGUAAGGAGCUCAAAAUCAAGUGAACCUUCUGACAAGCAAGCUGUGUCCCCCUUUUGCCCCCUCCAAAAGUGAGAAGUAUCCCUGUUUUUCAAGGGAGAUGACAAUCCAUGUUUUGCUGAACGGUGCAUUUUUAUGUUGGAAAGAGCAGCAUCUUUUUACAAGGCCCUUCUCUUUCUGUCUUUCAUACUGGAUAUUUCAGGCUUUCUCUUUUGUACCUCCCCCCCCCUCUUUAAAGCAUGAUUUGAGCAGAAGGAAAAAUGACAUGUCCCUUGUCUACAAACCAAUUCCAGUCUAUGCUGUUGUUCUUCUCAGUUGACUGUAAGAGUUUGCCGCUGGUUGGUAAACUCAAUUGGAACAGGUUGGGGAAAAGGGAAAAAAAAAAAAAAAAAAAAAGAUUAUAAACCAGCAUUAUGUGUACUGGGUUCCAGUACUGUGUAUUUUUAUUGUACCUGAAGCAUUAAUUUAAGUAUCGAUUUAUGAUGUCACUAUUUUUUGAUAUUGUGUUUGUCAGUUUUUUAUGCAUAUGAGAUGUGAGUAAUGCAUUGCUUUAACCUCUGUGAGUGACCAUUGAUGUGUGCGUGAUAAACCCGCUGAGGGCUGCCGAAUGCACUGGAUGCUUCUGUGAAUAAAGAUGUCAAUUCC